AUGUUUACGAACACUGCCCCGCCGGCUCUUACCACACAAUUCAUACCACCACCGGCAUGUACCACCGAUACAUGGAUGAUCGAGUAUGUAGAAGGCACAUACUACUACACCACUUCGAUAUCGAACAGUCUAGAGGGCUGGUAUCUUAGCCAGGGGCCUACGGACUGGAGCAGCUGUUUUCCUUCCGGAUAUCAGGCGACAACGGAUUUUUACUACUCACCGGGAGUGUGUCCAUCUGGUUACUACACAGCCAGCUCAGUAGUUGUUACUAUUGGAAGCCUUUCCGAGACCCGGGCAACUUGCUGUCCAUCGGGUUACACGGCUCAAACAGAAGAUAGCAUUGUGUGGUGGUCGACUAACCGAUGCUUUUCGGUCAAUACUGAUGCAGACUAUGAAUGGACAUACACCAAAGAGGGAGCAGUAACUUCCGGAUCAGAUUCUGGUGGCAUAAAUGCGAAGGCAAUCUUUAUCCGAUGGCAGGAGUCCGACUUCCAGACGACAACCACGACCACCACAGACUCGACUGCGACUAGAAUAGCAACUGCUAGAAGCACAGGGUCAAGCUCAGGGCCAUCGGCCACAGCUGCGGUAUCCACACAUCAGAGCAGCAUUUCAUCUAAAGGCAAUUCAUCACUCGCAUGGAUUGCUGGUCCAGUCAUUGGAGCUGUAGUUGUGGGUGCUUUGAUUGCACUUGCCAUCAUUUUAUAUAAUCGUCGACAACGUCAAAAAAAAGUGGCCACAGCAGAUCAUUCACCAGCAAUGUCGCCUAUAAUAGCAGAGCUUCACGAAGAGUCUAAGGCUUUUGAAGCCCCAGCUGGGAGUAUGAAUCCAGGGCCAUUUGAACUACCUGAACUCCCUGGUCAUUCCAGGAUAUCUGUGACAAGCAAUCGAGUAUGA